CGAGAGCUAGCAGCUACAACAGCAGCAGCAGCUACAGCAGCAGCAGCAGAACCAGCACCAGAACCAGCACCAGCAGCAGCAGCAGCGAUGCUUUGCCGAAUGCACCUCGCACCAUUCGCCUCCAGCUCCCUGGCCACCCGUCUGGGCACAGUGAGGACCCUCUGGCCACACGCAGAGACCAUCUUCACCGAGCUGCAGCAGGAGAUGGAGAAAGCUCGGGAGUUCAUGAGCAGCUUCCAGCAGCUCCUGAACAGCCAAGGAGCAGCUGCCAUGGAGCAAGCCCCGAGCACCAGCAGCACAGCCCUGGUCCAAAACUCUGGGGAAGGCUUCUCCAUCUGCCAGGAUGUCAAGAACUUCAGCCCCGAGCAGCUGUCGGUGAAGGUGGUGGGCAGGAAGGUGGUGCUGGUGGGGCAGAAGGAGACUCAGAACGUCGAUGAGAAAGGCUCCUUCUCCUACAAGUACGAGGUGCUGAAGCGGGAGUGGGACGUGCCCGAGGAGGUGGACGCCGAGGCGCUGACGUGCUCCCUGACCAAGGAGGGACAACUCCGCAUCGAAGCCCCCAAGCUGGCCCUGCCAGCCACCCCGGAGAGGAACGUGCCCAUCCAGGUCAGCCCUGCAGCGGCCCCACAGCUUGGAGCAGCCCCCAAGGAUGGAGCCACCAACAAAGCCCAGGCGUAAUGGGAGAGGAAGCGAUGGCCCACGGCAGGACCGGAGCAGAGAGCAUCAGGUCUUGGGUUUUAGCCCAGACAAGCUCCAUCAGCAAUUCUGUCAUUUCUUUUUCACUAUACUGGAAUCUUUUUGUAUCCAAUAAAAACGCUUUUGCAUAGAAA